AACAAACCAAACACAAAUACGCGUGAAAACUUUAAAGAACCCCACCACCUCAAAUCAUAGACACAAUAAAGACCCUUCACUACCUCAAAGAAAAAGAACCCUAUGCUUACUUGCUUCUUAGUAUACGUUAGUACUACUUUAAUUUCUCCAAACUUUCUUUGCCUUUAUAUAUACUAUUAAACAAAAAACCAACACAACCAACAAAAAACAACAUCACCAUAAGUAGUGGUUAGUUUCUUUGUUUGAAAUGCCAACUAUUUUACUUAGAAUUUUCCUUCUAUACAACGUUGUCAAUUCAUUUCUCAUAAGUCUUGUUCCUAAGAAACUCAGAACUUUCUUCCCACAUUCUUGGUUUACUCAUCAAACCUUAACCAAUCUCAUCCAAACCACUACUAUAACAAACACUUCUUCAUCAUCAAAAACAAGUCUUGUUAUUACCAAGACAAAAACAAUGGAUCCAAAUGAACUCAAACGUGUUUUUCAAAUGUUUGAUCGUAACGACGAUGGCCGAAUAACAAAAAAGGAGCUGAAUGAUUCCUUGGAGAAUUUAGGAAUCUUCAUUCCUGACAAAGAGUUAAGUCAAAUGAUCGAGAAAAUCGAUGUUAACCAAGACGGAUGUGUUGAUAUUGAGGAAUUUAAAGAGUUGUAUGAGUCUAUUAUGGAUGAACGUGUUGAAGAUGAGGAAGAAGAUAUGAGGGAAGCAUUCAAUGUGUUUGAUCAAAAUGGUGAUGGGUUUAUUAGUGUUGAUGAGUUGAGAUCUGUUUUAGUGUCUUUGGGAUUGAAACAAGGAAGAACUGUUGAAGAUUGUAAGAAAAUGAUUGGAAAUGUUGAUGUUGAUGGAAAUGGUUUGGUUGAUUAUAAAGAGUUUAAGCAAAUGAUGAAGGGUGGUGGUUUAUCUGCUCUCAGUUAGUUUAACUCUUGUUGACUUUUUGUGUGUGUUGGGUUUUGGUUUUUUUAACAUUGAUUUCUAUUGCCAUUGUUGUAAAUAAGUAAGUGUAUUAGGAUUCUUAAGAUGCAUUUCAUGAUCUAUGUAUUGGUUUUUGUUUUUGUUUUUUUCCAAUCCCAGUUGUUUGGGUGGUUAUAGUAUGGAAAUGCAUUUGAUGUUGUGGGCUAGCUGUUAUUGCAGUCAAUGAUCUCAACCGUUGAUAAAAAUUGGACACUUUCAGAUUUCAAGUUAUGAUUUGUCAAAGUCACGAUACGAUGCAAAUGGUCGGAUCUCUAACCAACAACUUAGAUCGGCUCAACGUUGAAUCUGAGUCGAAUCUAAGUCGGGUUAGGUUAGCACUUGGCUUGACAUAAAUCAGUUCUACCUAGGUAUUCCUAAUGGGUUUUUUUUUUUGGAGGGGUAGGAAGGCUGUUGGAAUGGGUGGAUACACUACCAUUGUGACAGUAAUUGUUUGUGUUUUCUUCUAUUUUUCCUUAGUUUUAGGACUAUAAGGGUUGAUUCUGUUUUCAGUAUGUAAUGCAAACUUCUGUUAGAAGAUAUUUUUCUUUUAAUUUUUA